AUGGAUUAGGAAGAAGUAUUAGAAUUCGUAAAGCAAUUAAAAAUGAUGAACAAAUAAUUUAUUUAGUAGAUUAAACAACUGAUUCGAGAGAAAGAAGAGUAUAAAUUUUUGAUUUAAGAACUGUAAAGUCAAUUAUAAAGAAAGUGUGAGUAGUUACAAUAAUAGGAAUUGAUUAUUUAAGAGUGUGAACUAUAAGUAGCAAUUUCAUAGGUUAUUGUAGUUAGAGUCAUGCAGAUCGAAUUAUGAGGAAAGAGUUAAUCAGUUAGAAGUAGAGAUAAAGUUAAAUUAAAUGGUUUUCUAAAUUGAAUUAAGUUAGUAGAAAUAAGAGAUUGUUGAUUUAAGUGAUAAAUUGAAAAGCACUCAAUAAGGUUACUCAACUACUGUGGCUACUUCAUUUUUAUAAACCUCUUUUAAUUAGAAAUAGGAUAGUUUAUUUAAAGUAUUAAAUAAAUGAAUAAAUUUAGGAUAGUCAUACUUUAGAGAGCGUAGGAUAAACUGAAGGAGAAUAGAGUAUAAUGUCAAAUAAGAAUAAAGGAUAAAGAAUGAUGCUGAAAAUUAUUUAAGAUCCAAUAAACAACUUAAAGAAAUAGAAGGACCUAAUUAAACGUGAAAUCACUUAAUGGUAAGAUGAAUUUUUAAAGAAGGAAGGUAGGCCACCUUCUAUUAAUGAUAAAUAAUCUAUUAGUACAAAGUUUUAUUAAUAUACGAUAUUAAAGAAGCAAUUGAAUGAUCGUAGUACUAUCAUUUAAGAUAGUACAGAUUGUAAAAAUAUGGGUAUUUAAUGCAAUUUGAUGGAGGCAGCAUAAAUAUCUUAAUUAUAAGAAUUAUUAAAAUAAAAAACUAAUGAAAUUAAAAAAUUGAGCUUUUAAUUAGAAGAUUUAAAAGGCAAGGUAAAGGUUUACUGUAGAGUAAGACCAUCAAAUAGUUUAGAUAAAUUAAAAGGUAUUAAUUAAAAUAUAAAUUAGAUUGUGAAGUCUAAUUUAUAGAUGAAUAGCAUAUCUCACUAAAAUAAAAGCUUUUCAAUUUUGAUAUAUGUUUUAAUCAGUAAUCUACUUAGAAGGAUAUGUAUGAAGAAAUAUAAUAAUCUCUUUAAGCCAUUUUCCAUGGUUUUAAUUUGUGUAUUUUUGCUUAUGGUUAAACAGGUAGUGGUAAGACAUACACUAUGUUUGGUACAAAAUAAUAACCUGGAGUAAUACCUAAUUUAAUAGAUGACAUUUAUUCUUAUAUUAGAAAAAACAAUCUAGAAUGUUAGAUUAUAGUUAAUUCUCUUGAAAUUUACAAAGAGAAUAUUAUUGAUUUAUUAAAUGAUCAAUAAAGUACUUAAUCUUUGGAACUGAAGGAGAAUUUAAAUGGGCAAGUUUUUGUUUAAAAUUUAACAAAUAUAAAAGUUCAAAAUAUGCAUGAACUAAUGAAUUUGAUUGAGUUUGCAUCUUCUAAAAGAAAACAAGGUUUGACUGAAAUGAAUGAUUCAAGUUCAAGAUCUCAUAUGUGCACUUAACUCGUAAUUGAAACAUUUAAUAAAAUCACAUAAUAAGUAUAUUUGAUUAUUGAUUAUUAGAAAUUUAUUAGUCGUGUAAAUUUAAUUGAUUUAGCUGGUUCAGAAAGAUGUAACAAAUCAAAACUAAAGCAAAAUCAAUUAGAUGAAGCUAAAUAUAUAAAUAAAAGUCUUUCAGCUCUUAAUGAUGUUAUGAUUGCACUUUCAACAAAGAGUAAUUUUAUUCCUUAUAGAAACAGCAAACUUACAUAUUUAAUGAGAGAUUCAUUGGGAGGCAAUGUAUCAUAAUAAUUUUAUAAUUUUAGUCAAAAACUAUAAUGAUUAUAAAUAUAUCACCUUCAUUUAUAAACCUAGAUGAAUCAUUAAGUUCAUUACAAUAUGGUUAAAAAGUGAAAUAGAUAACGAAUUUACCAAUUAAGAAUUUUGAACCAAUAGAACAAUAAAAAAAAUUAUAAAAAGUAUGUAAUUAGCAUGACGAAAGUGCGUAAUUAAGAUAAUAAAAGUGA